AUGCGUUUGUCGUCGCUCUUUACUUCACAGCCAGCAGUCUCCUCAGCUCUCAUUGCAACCACGCUCUUUACUUCGUCUGUCAGUGCGCAGGACCGCACCACUGAACAGGGCGAGGCGCAGAUCACUGACCCGAAUCAAGAAUGCACGGCAUAUUCCUACGCGCCCGUUAGUGCUGCUCUCGCUGCGAACGAGUUCCCGGCUAUCUGGACAGUCGCAGACAUCCUCCCCAAUGACACGAAUGCUCAAGCCAAGUACCAGUCCAUCCAGAGUCAGAUCCCAAAUAUUCAGCCCAAGGGCACACAGCCUGCCUCCCUCUUGGGUGACUUCAGCGGCUAUUCAUACCCUUCGUCUGACCCAGAUUGCUGGUGGACGUAUGACCAAUGUACUACCCCAAAAUUAGCUGGAUUAUCUCCGGAUCUGGCUGCCGUUCCAGAGCCUGAUACUCUAGGUUAUGGUUUCGACGAUGGACCUAAUUGCUCCCACAAUGUGUUCUACGACUAUUUGUCACAAAAUAACCAGAAAGCCACCAUGUUCUAUAUUGGCAGUAAUGUCAUGGACUGGCCUCUUGAGGCGCAGCGCGCUCUCGCUGACGGUCAUGAAAUUUGUGUUCACACUUGGUCGCAUAAAUAUAUGACUUCUUUGACCAACUCGCAAGCUCUUCGCCGAGUUUUACUAUUGUACGUCAUGCAAGCGAUCAAGUUGGUUAUCGGUGUGACGCCUACGUGCUGGAGGCCUCCCUUCGGUGAUGUUGAUGAUCGGGUCCGGUCCGUUGCCCAUGCACUGGGCUUGCGCACGAUCAUUUGGCAAUAUGACUCCAACGAUUGGCGUGAAGGCACUGGUAGCAUUACUGCUGCUGAUGUCGACCAGAAUUAUGAGAAUCUCAUUUCUCGUGCACAAAAUGGCACCUUUGCUACCGGGGGUACUAUCAUGCUCACACACGAGCUGAACAACUUUACCAUGGCCGAGGCUGUGAAGUUCUACACCCAGCUGAAGUCUGCAUUCAAGUACCUCGUUCCCAUGGGCGUUGCCACAAAUCAAACUCAGCCAUACGUCGAGACCAACUACUCCCUACCAUCGUUUGAUCAAUGUGCGACCAAUACUAUAAUUUGGUCUGGAUCAUCUUCUGGAUCAUCUUCUGGAGCCUCUGGGAAAACCAAUUCCACUGGUGCUGCGGACAGAGCCUCAUUUGACGGUUUGGGAAUGCUUGCUGCAGGCGCAGCAUUCGUUGGCUUUGCCGUGAAACUCUUGGCCUAG